UGUCUCUGAGUCUUGAUUUGUUUAGGUCAUCUCAUUCCCAUCUUCCUUUCUUCUUUCCUUGCUCUCUUGUCUUGCUUUGCUGUUAACUGCAAGUUUCUCCCUCUGCUAGGAAGAAAGGUACCAUAGUUAAGAGAACAUGGGUAAUCUAUUCUGUUUAGUACAAGUUGAUCAAUCCACAGUAGCUAUGAGGGAAAAAUUUGGCAAGUUUGUGGAAGUUAUGGAGCCAGGAUGCCAUUGCAUGCCUUGGUUUCUUGGGCAUCAGGUUGCUGGUCAUCUCUCUCUGCGUUUGCAGCAAUUGGAUGUGCGGUGUGAGACCAAGACAAAGGACAAUGUCUUUGUCAAUGUCGUUGCAUCUAUUCAAUAUCGUGCUCUGGCAGACAAAGCAAAUGAUGCUUUCUACAAACUCAGCAACACUAGGUCUCAAAUCCAGGCCUAUGUUUUUGAUGUGAUUAGAGCCAGUGUUCCAAAGCUCCUUCUGGAUGAUGCUUUUGAGCAAAAGAAUGAAAUUGCAAAAGCUGUGGAAGAAGAGCUUGAGAAGGCCAUGUCUGCUUAUGGUUAUGAGAUUGUACAAACUCUCAUUGUUGACAUAGAACCAGAUGAGCAUGUGAAACGUGCAAUGAAUGAAAUCAAUGCUGCUGCAAGAAUGAGGGUGGCAGCUAAUGAAAAGGCAGAGGCAGAGAAGAUUUUGCAAAUUAAACGGGCUGAGGGUGAGGCUGAGUCCAAGUAUCUGUCUGGGCUGGGUAUAGCUCGUCAACGUCAAGCAAUUGUUGAUGGUUUGAGAGACAGUGUGAUGGGCUUUGCUGUUAAUGUUCCAGGGACCACCGCAAAGGAUGUCAUGGACAUGGUCCUUGUCACUCAGUAUUUUGACACAAUGAAGGAAAUUGGUGCCAGCUCUAAAUCCUCUGCUGUUUUUAUUCCCCAUGGACCUGGUGCCGUCCGCGAUGUAGCUUCUCAGAUCCGUGAUGGACUUCUUCAGGGUUCUCACCAGUAGUUGGGCACUUCUACAAGCUUCUUGUUAUAUUGGUCUUUGGGAUCAUUGCGAUGUUCAGUGUGUUAAAGUUUUUGUUUCCUGGUGACUUUAAUUCUCCAUUAGUGCUGCUGUAAAUGCAAGCUUUUAAGAUUUUGUGGUUAGUCAUAUAUCAAUCUUAUACGAUGACUUGGUUCUUCGUGUUCAAA